CGGCGUCCGCCACUGCCAAACAGCAACCGCACCCCCCUCUCGCCCCCGGCCCAACCCGCACCACCAGCGCGUCAUCCCGGACUUCUUUUUCCUAAGCCGCCAGCAGUCGCGACGCGUUGGUAGGCAGUGCGCGUAACGACUCGGCACGCGACUGACAGGAGGAGAUACCGCUUCGCAAGAACCUUGUAAGCCGAACCAACGACCACAGGAGACAUGACGUCCUCGUACCGGGUGCGCACCGUCCCUACGCGCACGGUGACCACCGUGCGCCGUCAGGUGAUCGACGAUGAUGGCGACUUCUUCGACUUCCCCAAGGCCCGCUCGGGCGGCGCCGAGUUCACCACGGUGCGCCACAGGGUCACGCCAGGCGGCGGCAUCGUCACCACAACCACCACGACGACCACGACCCCAAGGCGCAUCAUCCGCGACGUCAGCCUCGACGGCAUGGAUGCCGACCCCUUCUUCGCGCGCGACGUCUCCAGGCCCUCCCGGACCAAGGAUCUCGAAGAGUUCAAGGUGUCCUUCGACAUCGGCCUGCACUUCAAGCCGGACGACCUGUCGGUGAAGACGCGCGCCGGCAUGGUCUUCAUCACGGCCAAGCGCACCGACGGCAACAUCACCCGCGAGUUCGACCGCAAGGUGCCGUUGCCCGACGGCGUCGACCCGCUCACCGUGCGCGCCCUGCUCAGCCCCACGGGUGUGCUCACCAUCAGGUCUCCGCGAAACCUGUCGUCGCGAUACACCUCGAACAUCUACGAGCGUCACGUGCCCGUCCGCAUGAGCCUGUACUAAAUGGACGAACACAGAACAACAGAGCUUGCGCCGGCAUUGCUCAAGUUUAAAAAUUAUAUACUUCGCUUAUGCAGAAUAAGCAAGCGUCAGUCAGCUUUCGAAAAAUACGAGAAACCUGAAUCAUGUUAGAGGGGCUUGUAAUUGACCUUUACGUAGGUCUCUGUUCUCUUCCCUCUAUGACUGUUCUUCCGCCGCCAAAACGAAGGAGGAAACCUAUACUACAUGGGUAAUUGUGCUUGAUGACUUUGAGCAACAGAAGUUAUGAAAAAAAGAGGAGGGUCGCAACAAUCUUCGUUGUUUGUGUCGUUUAUUUUUCUGCGAGCUGUUUUCGCACUGAAGGUUGCAAGUUUACUAAACACGCACAAAGUUAUGUCCUUGCCUGCAAUAAGCGCGGACGAGUACUAGCGGCCGCAGGAGUGACGAGACUGACGUCAUCAGUAACGUGACCUGCUAGGGAAACCGACGUUUUUGGCUGCCAUGCGCACGCAUGUGCUUGGGGUUUCACGAAUGCACAGUACGGCUGCCCCAACAUCUUGCGUGCGCUAGCCGCUUGGGUACCCAUCACUAAAACUCUAAUAUUCUGGCUGCUGUAGGGGGCAGUUGGCAGGGACCUCUCGUAAAACACGGGCCUAUCGUAAAAUACGCUAUCUAGGCAUUGUUUGCGAGGUCUUGGAUCAUGACUAGCGUCCACAGUUACACGCCCUGUCGGAAUCACGUUACAGUCUAGCCUUAUAGCUUCAGUCAUAACUAUGCCAGAACAUUUUUCCUGGCGUGGGACUGGCAAGACAGAAGGAAUAUGGGCGAAGCCCGAGUGCAAAUUAUGUAUCGAUACAUUCGAUAACGUCCCAAGCAGAGUUAGUAAAAGGCUGACAAAACUAUCUGAAAAGGUAGAAAUCAGUACUGUUAACAUACGUAAAGAUGCAACAGAUAUUUAUAUUUUACUGACAAAUCACGAUAUUGUUAUUCUCAAGUAGUCGACGCUGCCAAUGCUAUUUCCGAAUUAAUAAAAAAGCCACGCUAAAGCCCUUUCUUUUUUUACAUUCAGCCUGUCUUUGCGAAAGGACAGUUAUAUCUGCACAAAGAAAGCAUGGAUGACUGAGAUGUUAAGCGAAGAUUGCAAAUCAUUUUAAAGCAUGUGCACAAGGCAUCCUUAUGGAAUGUUCCGUGAACUCGGUGAUGUCUCAGAAGCGCUAUUUUUGUUCUUAUGACGGCUAAAGUAAAACAAAUUCUGGUUA